AUAAAUGAUCGGGGAAAAAAUCUAUUUUAUUCUAAACCAAUCAGAAGCGAAAGCGGGAAUGACGUGGCAGAGGAGGAAGCAACAAGCUGAAAUCGAAGUUUUCUCACCGGCGAUACUAUCCCGACUCUUUCGAUCCGGAGCCGUUAAAAGAUCCGCCGCAGACCUCGGCGUCCUCCGGCACCGGAAACGAUAAGAUCCGCUACCGUUCGCCUCCCUCCACUGAGCUCAUGGAGUCCGAACAGCCACGGUUUGAUAUUGAUGCUGGAACCUCUGGAAUUUGGAUCGAAAUUAGGAUAUUCUUCCUCUUGGGAAUGAACCUGAGCUCUUCGUGCAGGUAACAACAUUGAUUCUCAUAAUCGAUGCUCAUGAAUGUUACUGGAUAUGAGACUAGAACUACCACUUUUACCUGCAUUGCGUGAUAGAUCUCGUGGUUGUUAGCUUGAUUCAGUUUUCUUAUGGUGAAUUCGUGGUACAUUUGUGCUAUGUAAAUUGAUAUGACUGUCCGUGUGUGAAAAGACUUGUGCUUUCUGGAGAUUUUAGCUCAGAACUAUUCAGUGAUUUCAUUUCAGCUAAAACCGUGCACAUGCUCUGGACUGCCAAGUACUGUGAAGAAGUUUCUUGCCGAGAUUCAACGUGUACAAUGGCCAACUUGAGAAGAUGUGUGGAGGAGGACUCAUAUGUCAACUGUAGGAGGACGCUGAGAAGUUUCUUGCGUUCAUGAUACUUCCUCUCCACUUGACAAGUCAAUUAAUUCCUUCGUGCUUGUUAUUCAUGGCUUCUUCAUCAUCUGUGUCUUGCGGUUCGUUGUAUGACGUCUUCCUGAGCUUCCGUGGAGAAGACGUGCGCAAAGGGUUUCUUAGCCACGUUGUGAAAGAGUUCAAAAGCAAGGGGAUCGAACCGUUCAUUGAUAACGAGAUGGAGCGAGGCAAAUCUGUCGGUCCCACCCUUGUAGGAGCGAUCAGACAAUCAAGGGUCGCCAUUGUUUUGCUCUCCCGUAACUACGCUUCUUCAAGCUGGUGUUUGGAUGAGUUAGUAGAGAUCAUGAAGUGCAGGGAAGAUGAUAAAAAAAGAGUGAUAACUGUUUUCUACGAAGUGGAUCCAUCUGAUGUUAGGAAGCAGAUCGGAGAUUUCGGAAAAGUGUUUGAUGAGACCUGUGUGGGGAAAACUGAAGAGGUGAUACAUGAAUGGAGGCAAGCUUUGAAGGAAGUCGCGGGUAUAGCUGGUUAUGCCUCUAGCAACUGGGAGAGUGAAGCUGAUUUGAUCAACGAACUUGCCACAAAUAUUAUGGGUGUGUUGCCUUUGACACCAUCAAAUGAUUUCGAUGACUUUGUUGGCAUAGAAGAUCGUGUCAUGGAGAUGAAAACGAUGUUGAGUCUACAAACAAAAGAAGUUAAGGUGAUUGGGAUUUGGGGUACUGCCGGGAUUGGUAAGACGACGGCCGCCAGAGUUUUGUAUAACCAAAUAUCUCCUGGAUUUUCAUUCAGCACAUUUUUGGAGAAUAUCAAAGGAUGUUUUGAGAGGUCCUGUGGUAACGAUCAUCAGUUGAAGUUGCGUUUUCAGGGAAAGUUGCUGUCUCAAAUUUUUAACCAAAAGGAUAUUGUGGUUGGUCACUUGGGAUGGGCACCACAAAAGCUGAGUGACAAAAAAGUGUUGGUUGUUCUUGAUGAAGUGGAUAGCUGGUGGCAACUAGAGGAAAUGGCAAAAAGAGCAUGGUUUGGUCCCGGAAGUAUGAUUAUCAUUACAACCGAAGAUAGAAAACUUUUCAAGACACUCGGACUCGAGGCCAAUCAAAUCUACGAGAUGAAACUUCCAAUUGGAGAUGAGGCUCUUCAGAUCUUCUGUCUAUAUGCCUUUGGUCAAAAGUUUCCAGAUAAUGGUUUCGAAAGUCUUGCUUGGGAAGUUACGAAACUUGCGGGUAAACUUCCUCUAGGCUUGAGAGUUAUGGGGUCCUAUCUACGAGGAAUGUCCAAGGACGAGUGGAUAGACGCACUACCAAGCCUCAGGUCUAGCCUUGACAGCGAAAUUGAAUCAACUCUGAGAUUGAGCUACAACGUCUUAAGUGUUAAAGAAAAAGCACUUUUCCUGCAUAUUGCAUGUUUCUUUGUUGGUUUCAAGGAUGAUAGGGUCAAGAGUAUUCUUGAAAAAAGCGAUUUAAACGUCAUCCAUGGGCUGCAAACCUUAGCUUACAGAAGUCUUAUAUAUGUAGAGCACAGAUUAAUAAGGAUGCAUAGUUUACUGCAACAAAUGGGUGAAGAAAUUGUCUAUGGACAGUCUGCCGAGCCUGGAAAGCGACAGUUCCUGACGAAAGCCACUGAGAUUUCUGAAAUUUUUGAAGAAAAUACUGGUACUGGAACGGUUCUAGGCAUAAAGCUCCGAGAAUUAGAGGGAGAGGAAAUCCAAAUGAGUGAAAGCGCUUUCCAAGGGAUGAACCAUCUCCAGUUUCUAGAUGUCGAUUGUAUCUUAUGCUUACCCGAAGGCCUCAACUGUCUUCCCGACAAACUUAGACUGCUAGAUUGGAAGCAGUGUCCAUUGAGAUUUUGGCCUUCCAAGUUCUCUGGAAAGUUUCUUGUUGAACUAAUCAUGCCCAACAACAAAUUUGAGAAACUUUGGGAGGGAAUCAAACCUCUCCCAUGUCUCAAGCGGAUGGAUUUGAGCUACUCUGACUAUCUGAAAGAGAUUCCAGAUCUCUCGAAAGCAACCAGUAUCGAGAUACUAAAACUCCAUGACUGCAGAAGUUUGUUAGAGCUCCCCUUUUCUAUUGGUAGGUUAAUCAAUCUCGAGGAAUUAUACCUCAGCUUUUGCGGGAGUUUGGAAAAAAUCGGUGGUUGCUCGAGUUUGGAAAAACUCAGUGAUUGCUCGAGUUUGAAAGAACUCGAUCUGAGCUAUUCUGGGAUAGGAGCAUUGGAAUUGCCAUUAUCAGUUCGUACUUGGUCUAGCUUUUAUAGAUUGGAUAUGUCAGGGUUGAGUGACCUCAAGAAAUUCCCAAAUGUUCCUUACAGCAUCGUAGAGUUGGAUCUGAGCAACACAGGGAUAGAGGAAAUUCCUCCAUGCAUUGAGAAUCUAUAUUGUCUGGAGAAACUAAAAAUGAUGGGAUGCAGGAAGCUGGAAAUUGUAUCUCCAAACAUUUCUAAGUUGGAGAAACUUAAGACUAUUGCACUGUGUAAAAAUGGUGCUGAGGCGCUUGGUGUGGAUGGACUUUUUAAAGCAACGAUCGAUGGGUUUGAUAAAUGGUGUCACCAGUGGCUUCUCAUAUCAGACUUAAACAUUCACUACAUUUUACCGAGAUGUCUAACGGAGAAGGUUCUUACGCCUCCAUUUUCAUCAUUACGUUUAAUCGGUCCUGAAUUAAACACUAUUCCAGAUUGCAUCAGACGUCUCUCCGGACUAGGUCAGCUUGAUAUCUCAGCUUGUCCAAAGCUCACAGCACUGCCACCGCUUCCAGCUUCCCUUGAAGCACUAAAUGCAUGCGGGUGUGCCUACUUGGAGAGUAUAGACUCUUCUUUUCAAAAUCCAAUUCGCAACUUUGCUGACUGCUACAACCUGAAUCAAAAAGCGAGAAAGCUCAUCCAGACAUCAGCUUGCGAAUAUGCGCUCUUACCGGGUGAAGAAGUGCCUGCACAUUUCACUCACCAAGCUAUUUCUAGUUCACUAACGAUCGAUCUGACUCCAAGACAUCUUCCUUCAUCCUUCAGAUUCAAAGCUUGCAUCUUACUGUCAGGACUCCUUGGUUCCCUUAAUGUGUCUUGUUGCGUCAGAGGUAAACAGACUGGCCUCACUCUCCCAUAUGGAUCAACCGAGCUUCGUUACAUGUCAGAUCUAUACUCACCUCGAAACCAUCUUUAUAUAUUUGAAGAUUCUGUCUCUCUAAGCCAGGAUUUCCCUGAAGCCAAAGACGCCACUUUCAGCGAGCUUUCGUUUCUGUUCACAGUGAGGGAUGAUGAAUCAUCCUUGGUGGUGGUUAAGGGCUGUGGUGUACGAAUUUUGGAGGCAAACAAUGAAAAUGCAGAUAAUGAUGAUGAUGAUGAAGGUGGUAAUGAUAGUAAAAGUGCAGACGAUGAUGAUGAUGAUACUGAUGACGUUGAUGAGGAUAUAGAGGAUGAUAUCGAUGAUAAUGACGCUGGCUUUUCUGAUUCAGUAAUUUGACAUAAACAUAGAGGCAAACAAAAGAAGGAAAAGAAUCAGGACGUGAGGACAGUGCAGAGACGAGGAGCUGGAAACGAAUGAGGUUAAGCCUUGUGUAAGUGUUGUGAUGUUGUGGCGAGAAUGGUGUAUCGAUUUUCUUUCGCAUGUGCGGUCUGAACACGGGUAACAGAGACAGAGAGAGGACCAGGCUGAAGCUGAUCAAAGAAGAGGAGGAUAAAUACUCGACAUUUUCGAAGCUUGCAAAGCAAGGAUCACAACGUGCAGUGAAGGAAGCAAAAGCGAUAUUGCAGUGGAUCAAGAGGUCCGGUACAGGUGAAGAGCCAUAAAGGGGAUGAAGGGAAACACCGCACUCAGGUCUUGUUGAUAAUAAAAAGUCAAAUUCUGUAAACCGAGUCUUGAUGAUGCAUGUAAAAAGUUUAGAAAGAAGCAAAAGUUGUUGCUACUCUUAAUUGACGUUUCUGAUUCAUAAUCUGGCUAGUGAAAUCAUCCGAGAGGAUCGCGUAAGUCCCAAGUAAUGUGGUUCUCUCUCUUGUAUUCA